CGAUGACAACUCUGGCUGGAGCUGUCCCCAGGAUGAUGCGACCCGGGGCCGGGCAGAACUACCCCCGCAGCGGGUUCCCGCUGGAAGUCUCUACUCCUCUAGGCCAGGGCAGAGUCAAUCAGCUCGGAGGAGUGUUUAUCAAUGGCAGGCCUUUACCCAACCAUAUCCGACACAAGAUAGUGGAGAUGGCCCACCAUGGCAUAAGGCCCUGUGUCAUCUCUCGCCAGCUGCGAGUGUCCCACGGCUGCGUCUCCAAAAUUCUCUGCAGGUACCAGGAGACGGGCUCCAUCCGGCCGGGGGCCAUCGGCGGCAGCAAGCCCAAGCAGGUGACGACGCCGGAUGUUGAGAAGAAAAUCGAGGAAUACAAGCGGGAAAACGCGGGCAUGUUCAGCUGGGAGAUCCGGGACAAGCUGCUGAAGGACGGGGUGUGUGACCGCAACACGGUGCCGUCAGUGAGCUCCAUCAGCCGCAUCCUGCGGAGCAAGUUUGGAAAAGGCGAGGAAGAGGAGGCCGAGCUGGAAAGGAAGGAGGUGGAGGAAGGUGACAAGAAGGCCAAGCACAGCAUUGAUGGCAUCCUCAGUGAAAGAGCAUCAGCACCCCAGUCUGACGAAGGCUCUGACAUUGAUUCUGAACCAGAUUUACCUUUAAAAAGAAAGCAGCGUCGCAGUAGGACAACCUUCACGGCAGAACAACUGGAAGAGCUGGAAAGAGCUUUUGAGAGGACACACUACCCUGAUAUUUAUACUAGGGAAGAACUUGCACAAAGAGCCAAACUCACAGAGGCUCGUGUCCAGGUCUGGUUUAGUAACCGUCGUGCUAGAUGGAGGAAACAGGCAGGAGCGAAUCAACUGAUGGCUUUCAACCAUCUGAUCCCGGGAGGAUUUCCACCCAGUGCCAUGCCAACUUUGCCAACGUACCAGCUCUCUGAGCCCUCCUACCAGCCCACCUCCAUACCGCAAGCCGUGUCUGAUCCAAGCAGUACCGUCCAUAGACCUCAGCCUCUCCCUCCAAGCACUGUACACCAAAGCAGCCUCCCUUCGAAUCCAGAGAGCAGCUCUGCCUAUUGCCUACCCAGCACCAGGCAUGGAUUUUCCAGCUAUACAGACAGCUUUGUGCCUCCAUCCGGGCCCUCAAAUCCCAUGAACCCUGCCAUUGGCAAUGGCCUUUCACCUCAGGUAAUGGGACUCUUGACUAAUCAUGGUGGUGUGCCUCACCAGCCCCAAACUGAUUAUGCCCUGUCCCCUUUAACUGGGGGCCUGGAGCCCACCACCACUGUCUCAGCCAGCUGCAGCCAGCGGCUAGAUCAUAUGAAGAGUUUAGACAGCCUGCCUACAUCCCAGUCCUACUGCCCACCGACCUACAGCACCACGGGUUACAGCAUGGACCCUGUCACAGGCUACCAGUACGGACAGUAUGGACAAAGUGCCUUUCAUUAUCUGAAGCCAGAUAUUGCAUAAAUGAACUGUCCACUUCAAGUUAAAGCUGGUCUUGUUUUCCGGUCUCACUCCAAGGCUUGGAUACGAGGGAUCUUCUCAACACACUGCAGU